AUGGGAGCAAUUCCUCAUUUACCAGCUGCAUCGUUGUAUUUUGCUAUUGUAUCCGCCAAUCGGACCCGAUUAAAACUCUCUCUCUCUCUCUCUCUCUCUCGAAACCCCUCUUUCUGUUCUCUCCCUACAUCUUUCUCUGUUCCCACGAUCACUCUCUUUCUAUCUAUCUAUCUAUCUAUCUAUCUAUCUAUCUAUCUAUCUGUCUGUCUGUCAAACGGCAAACCCAAGCGGAAGGAAAAAAUAAUCUAUCUAUCUAUCUAUCUAUCUAUCUAUCUUAGUCCCUGUCUAUUCAUAUCUAUCUAUCUAUCUAUCUCACUACCUGUCUAUUCAUAUCUAUCUAUCUAUCUAUCUAUCUCACUACCUGCCUAUUCAUAUCUAUCUAUCUAUCUAUCUAUCUAUCUAUCUCACUACCUGCCUAUUCAUAUCUAUCUAUCUAUCUAUCUAUCUAUCUAUCUAUCUAUUAUUCUUUUUCAGAUGGCUUUCUAUAAUCUUCAUUUUUUCUUUCUCUUCAGACAUACAUAUAUAUUUUUCUUUCUCUCCUGA